AUGACAUAUCCUGAGCUCUCCCCCGAAAGGAUGUCGUAUUACCUAUCUGACGAUAAUACCGACCCAAGCCUCAACGUCGCCUAUCUGAAAGACGCGUACGAUCUGCUGCACCACACCCUAAAGAAUGAGCCCAGAGCAAAGGUAGACCUAAAUUCCUUGCCUUACAGCUGCGCUAUCCUUGAUUAUGGCAUGCGGACUGGAAUUUGGUCGAUUGAAAUUGCAGAGUCAGUCGCUAGUCCUCCCAUCUUUCGAGUCACAAAGUUGACCGAGUGCAAAGGAGCGAACAAAUUACCGGACAAUUUGACCCUUGUCACAGGAGAUGACGAAAGGGUGUGGCGCAAAGAAAGUCCCUACGACAUCAUUCACGUGCGGUUUGUCGAGAGCUUCUUAAAUUGGCAGAACUUCCCCAAAAUUGCCUACGACAAUCUCAACCCGGGUGGUCGCUUGAUCGUCGAAAUGGUUGAUCUUAUGCCUUGCGGCGACGAGCAGAACUACGUCUUGACGGCUUUCAAGAGAGCGGACAAAUAUCAACCAUGGUGGUGA